GCCUGAACAAACCCAAAUCUUGCCGAGCAAGUCACACUGUAUUUUUCUUUUACUAUGCUUUGCCCCUUUAAUGGUGAAUUGUUAAAUUGAGCCUUCCCCUUUAUCCUUUACACAUUUUUUCUCCAGACGCUACUGUUGACUUUACGCUCUAUAAACGAACCAAAUUGCUUACUCUCUGUCACACUUCUCUGCUUCUACUGUUUCUUUCCUGCAGUUCGCUUGUUCUGAUUCUGCUUUAAUUUGCCUGCUUCACAAUUGCUGCUUGCAUUGAUUGCUCUUUCUGAUUGAAGAUGAGCAUUGUAGCUUGAAGUUAACAGAAUUUGAUUUGAGAUAUACAUUUCUUGGUCAAACUCUACACAUUGAUGGCUGCUAUUAGGCUUUCAACUUUGAAGAGAACCCUUAAUUUCUCUUAUAAAUUAGCAAAUCAGAUUGAUGUCAGACCUUCAUAUGCUUGCAUAAAUGGUAAUCUCCAUUCUAGAGAACCCACCUAUUCAAAAAAUUAUGCUGACCCAAAAUGUUUUAAUAUAAGGGGUAUACGCUCUGCUAGUGGGACCAGUCAUGUUACCUCAUAUCUCAGUGGGAGAGCUGAUAAUAAAAGUUUGUGGGGAAGUAAAUCAAUUGUUGUAACUAGCCCCAUUUGGAAUAAUCGAUGGUAUUCAUCGUCUUUUAGUAGUAAAGGAGAUGGUCCUAAAGGUUCAGAAGUUUCAACUGGUGCAAGUGGGUCUGAUAUGGAUACAGGUGGUGUAAGUGGAAGUGAAUGGGUUGGAAAUAUUAAGGAAGCUUGGCAAACUGCCACAGAUGCUGUGACUUCUACUGGGGAAAAAGUGAAAGAGGCAUCUUCGGAAAUGACUCCUUAUGUUGAACAAGUGCUUGAUGCACACCCUUAUCUGAGAGAUGUAAUUGUUCCUGUUGGUGGCACUUUAACUGGUACCUUAAUGGCUUGGGUGGUGCUUUCAAGACUUUUGAGGAGAUUUCACAAGUAUUCUAUGCAAGGACCAGCUGCUUUGUUGCCUGGAAGCUCGAUAUGGGGGCAGGUUUCGUAUGAGAAAAGUAUUUGGGGUGCUAUGGAGGAUCCAGUUCGAUAUUUAAUCACUUUCAUGGCAUUUUCACAGAUUGCUGUGAUGGUGGCACCAAGCACUAUUGCAUCACAAUAUCUUCUCCAGACUUGGAGAGGUGCUGCUAUUCUUUCAUUUGUCUGGUUUCUACAACGAUGGAAAACAAAUGUGAUCAGCAGAGCUUUGGCUGUAAAGAGUCUUGAAGUAGGUGACCGUGAUCGGUUGUUGACUUUGGACAGAAUCUCUUCCGUUGGCCUCUUCAUCCUUGGGCUAAUGACUUUAGCUGAAGUUUGUGGAGUAGCUGUACAAUCUAUUUUGACCGUUGGUGGUAUUGGAGGAGUGGCUACUGCUUUUGCUGCUAGAGACAUCCUUGGCAAUGUUCUUAGUGGGCUCUCCGUACAGCUUUCACGACCUUUUUCAGUUGGUGACACGAUAAAAGCUGGAUCAGUGGAAGGUCAAGUGGUUGAAAUGGGGCUAACUACUACAUCAUUGUUGACUGCAGAAAAAUUCCCUGUUAUUGUCCCAAAUUCACUAUUUUCCAGUCAGGUGAUUGUGAAUAAAUCACGUGCUCAAUGGCGUGCCAUGGUCACUACAGUUCCUUUCCAAAUUGAAGACUUUGAUAUGAUUGUCCAGAUAUCAGAUGAUGUAAAGAGCAUGCUCAAAUCUAAUCCAAAUGUUUUCUUGGAAAAGGAGGCACCAUACUGCUACUUGUCUAAAAUUGAAAAAACAUUUGCAGAGUUAACUCUCGGGUGCAACUUAAGAUAUGCGAGCAAGGACAAACUAUUUUCAGCACAACAGGAUAUUCUUCUGCAAGCAGUUCGAAUAGUCAAGCAGCAUGGGGGCACACUGGCUGAUCCUUGGAGUCAGUGAAUUGGAACGAAGAUGUCUUAGUCUUGAGGGUCAUGGAGGUGGAGUUUGAGGAUUUUGUGCUGGUUCCAUUGGAAAUUUCGCUAGAAGUUCAUAACUUUGUCAUAAGAUUCUACUAUUGAGCUAUGUAGUACUUGUAUUUGCGAAUUUUUCUUGGAUCUUUUACGCUCUAUAGCGGCCCAACCUUAUAACCAAAAUGUGUCCAUUUUUUCAAUCUUAUCCGAAAUAGUCCAUUUUGUAUGUAUUUUGCAAAAAAGAAA